AAAGAAAGAGAGAAAAGAAAGCAAAAACCGAAACCAAUCAGAUCAGUCCCAUUAAAGCGACGCUGAAGAGACUGUGCCUUUUUGUCUCUGUUCUUACACAUUUCCUCCCCUCUCUUUUCUUUCUCUUUCCUUUUUUUUUUAAUAUUUUUUCCCCUCAAAUGUAGAGAAAAUUCACUCCCUAAAUUUCAACAUUCUUCUUCCGCACUCGAACGGUAAUUUGGGGCUGUUUUACUGAGGAAAUGAGCAAAGAAAGGCCUCCGGAGCCUCUUGAUUUCUUCAUUUGGACUGUUGAGGAUGUCGGUUUAUGGUUGGAAGAAAUAAAUCUGGGUAGCUACCGCCAGAUUUUCAAAGAAAAUGGUGUCAAUGGAGAAUAUCUGGAGGGCAUGUCCAUGUUCACAACUGAACAGAUUUUACGGUUUAUAAGGCGAUGCCACAUGAAAUGGGGAGACUUCAUCACGCUGUGUAAGGAGCUCAGACGAAUAAAAGUGGCUUGCCUAAAAGGAGAGCAAAAAGUUCGCAGGCCAUGGUGGGCUCCAUCCUGCCUCUCUGUAGUCUUUGUUAAGGUAGCAAAACGCAACAGACAGUCACGUGUUGUUUCCUUGAAGCUGGAACCCUGAAGCAAGAUAUAUGUGUAUGUAUUUGUAGUUUUGUUUAGAGAACAGAAUAGUAGAGAAGACUUUUUUCUUUCAAUCUGGCAAGGUGCUGGUGGAAGUUCUUCAAUGGAGAACUUUCUUUUCUUAUACAGGCUUUUUUACAUGUCAAUUUCUGAUGAUUUGUAGUUGUAUUUCUGUUUCAAUCAUGGGGGCAGAAGAUAAUUAAUGUGGCAUCUAGGAAAUCAUUGUAAUAUGGGUCAGUUGUGAAGAAAUUCGAUGUUGGACAUCCUCUGCAGAAAUUUUAUAGCAUCUAUUUUUUCCUUUU